UUGGUUAGACUACAAGUUUCCAUUCUGUUUCUGUGUUCUAAGUUUCAGUUUCUAACGUCCACCAGUUUCAUGUUUCAGCAUGAACUUAGAAAAUUGAGAAAGGAUAAAGUAAAAAAAUACAUAAAAAUUCAAUCAAGUAAUUAAUUAAUCUAACAUAAUGAACAGUGUGGACUAUGGUUUGACCUAGUCUUAUAAUAGUGAAAUUCAUUUGUUGUAUUAAUAGUUAGUUAUUCUGACAGAAAAGCAAACUCAUUAGAAUGGAGCCUCAACGCAAGAGAAUCAAGGUUAAUAAUGAUGUAUUUUUUUAGCCAACGAAGGUCGCAGACUCUGACACUGUUCAAAAACCCACUAAAACGAAUCUGGACCUGUUCAAUGAGCUGCUUGAAUCCUACGGGGAGAUUUUCAAAAGUACCAUGUCACCCGAAAUCCGGGAACGCCUUAUUGAAAAGGCGCGACUUAGUUUCAGUAAAUGCAAUACGCCUUUCACGAAUUCUUCGGAAUUUCGUAGUCUGAUACGAAACCAUGAUGGUUUGCCACCUCUAAAACAUUUGGAGGCGAUUUUUAACAAAUUCAAAAAGAAUAAGAAAUCCUGUGCAGGACAGAGCACUACUAAUACUGCGAAAAAGGAUGAUGAAACGCCUGUUGACGCUGGUGCUUCAGAAAGUUACAACAAAGAUUUGUUUGAAAAGUUUCUAGAUAUUAUCAAGGAAAGGAAAAAUAGCCAGGGAAAAUUUGCAAAAACUGAAACUAUGAUGGUUAGAGCUUGGGAUUUGUACAAUAAUUGCAAGUCAUCUUACAAGAAAUCAGCAUUAUUUGAAGAGUUACUUCGUAAGGCUAUAAAUCUAUCAGCCGUGGAUCCCGGAAUGCAGCUGCUAACUGUUCUUGAUGAAUUGAAAUUCAACAAAAAAGUAGUGAGCCAACGUGAAUGCACCAAUCUGGAUGCACAGCCAGGCUGCUCAACUGCGUCGACGCCAACGCUACAAGAUGUCGAUUCAGACGAUGACGAUCUUUCUGGUCUUGACCCUCAGGUCAAAAAGAAAGUUAAAUUGCUAGAAAGAACCUUGAGGGCUUUGAAUCUGAGAAUAAAACAUCUUGAAGAGAGAGAAGUAGAUUUCAGUAGAGAAGAUGAUGAGAACUCGGCUUACAUAAAACUUGACAAGUAUUAUCAACGUUUUGAAAAGGUUUAUGCAAAAAUUUGCCAACUAAAAAAGCAGAAGGCUGACGCAGGCAGAGCCAUCAAAAGAAAAAUUACAUUUGAAGGUGGUGAAAUUGAAAGAGCCCUUGAAAAGCACUACAAUAAAACAUAUCAGUUCCCGGAUUUUCAUGACGUCUUGAAAAUCACAAAAGAAGUGAGAAGAAAUGAUAAUCUUGCUCCAAACACUCUGCACUCAAUAGCACAGAGAGUGUUUGAAGAGUUUGGAAAAAUGCUGCAGAGACGACGGCGCAUGGACGUGUACGAGUCGGCCUGUGCCUAUCUCACCAUCCAAGAUCCGGCUGAUGAAGAUCCUCAGCUACAGAAGAAACUUGAGGAGAACUAUAUCAAGUUCAAAGAGAGUGAGAAAAAAGUUAUAGAUAUGUAUGUUGAGAAAUCGCAGGGUAUCGAAGCAGAAGAGGUUGGCAGCGAUGUUUCCAACAAUGAAGAAGCAGAAGACGAUGAGAUGGAUGAUGACAGGAGAGAUAGUGACAAGUCUGAUCAUGACUUGAUCGGUUCUGAAAAAGAUUUAAAUUUGAUGAGUGGUGAUGAUGAUGAUGAUGAUGAUGAUGAUGAUAGGGAUAAACUAGUAAGUAAUCACUCUGAAUCAAAUUCAGGCAAUUCUUCUGAUCCUUCUUCAACGAAAAAUAAAAAAGUUACUAAAAUUCAAUGUGAGAAAGUGCGUUUUGUAAGCGAGGCUUCAAAUGAAAAUAAGACUGAUUCAACUUCUGGAAAUUCUUUAAGUGUUUGUGCUUCUAGAGAUUCAAUACUCCCUAAAGAUUCAGAAACGGUGAACAUUUCAGAAAAGGAACGUGAUAUUUUAUCUUUGAAUGAAGAUGAAUCUGGCGAUGAGGUUAAAUCAGUGAAAUCUGCAAAUGUUGAGAGCUCAUCAAGAGAUGUGGUCGUUGCUGAAGUUACCACUCUUGAAAAAAUUAAAUCACCCAAAAAAGAUGAAAAGACUGAAUCAGGGAUGAAAAACUGUGUAGCUUCAGAUGUUGAGAAAAAAGAAUCUUGUAGCCUCUCUCCAAGUAAAGAGGAAAAGAAAACUGAAUCACGUAUAAGGGUUUCUGAAAAUUUAUUUCCAAAAAAUGAGAUUUUUGAAGCUUCUAAAACUUGUUCUUUUGAUAAAAAUAAAUCCUCCAGUUCGACUUGUACAGAUUCAACAGAUAAUAACAUUGUUACUUUUCCAACUGAAUCCCAAAAUGGUUGCUCCAACGAAAUAUUAGUCUCUAAAGAUUGUAAGUCAAGAAAUUUAAAUAAAAACUCUUCUAGUCUUGCCUCAGAAAAAAAUAAAAAGGGAAAGACUGAUACAGAUCCUCAAAUAACGAGUCAAAAUAAAAGCAUACCAUUGGAAGUUAUUGAUAAAAGCUCGUAUAGCUCUAAAAAUAAUGACCCAGGAGUGGCUAAGAAAAAGCGAAAAAAAUCUUGUGAGACCGCGACUGAUGAUCAAAAAAGACAAAAGCAUCCUGACCAUCAUACAUCAUUGGUAGUAGAAUCGCCUUGUUCAUCGCCCACAGAUGACAUAGAAGUCAUUGAAGUGUUGACUCAUUCUGCCUCAUUCACCAACAAAGAGAAUGUCACGACGACACACCUGCUCACAACUGAUAGUGAUGAACAGAAAAAGUCCAAUCCCAAUAGUGCUAUCAAUUGUGCCAAGAAGAUUGCAGAUGAUAACAAUGGUGCUACCAAAGUUUCAAGUUAUUUUGCCAAGAGUAAUGCUACUUGUGGUGCAAUAAAAGUCACAGGGGUGAAUUCUAAUCUUCCUGGAUCAAUUGCCCAUAGUUUUCAAAAAACACCUCCUAGUAAUAAGGCUUUCAAAAACAAUUGUAAAAAUUCCAGCUCUCCCAUAAUAACUUCUGCAUACAGUUUGGCCUUUCCUUAUUCUUCAAAACAUAAUGGUGCAUCUACAAUACCUGCACACGGCCACAAAAUACCAGCCACAACUUCGUGGUCAGCUGCAGCUGCCAAGUAUAGAUCUCCCAGAGCGUCCAAUCAUCAAAAGGAUUUGAAAAGUUCCGCCAAGACACAUAAUUCAAGGCAUAUUGGCGGACACUCGUCUUCUUCAGUUUCAUCCGCUUCGACUUCAAAAUUGAAAGAUGUCAUCGUAAUAGAUGAAGGUGAUGACGAUUCUCCAGACGUCUUUUAUGUUUCCGAAGUAAUGGCCAAAAAUAAAAAUCCUGCAAAUGCGGAAUCCAGUAAGCCUCGAACCGCCAAACUCUUGGAUGGCAACAUCAUCAAAUAUAUCAGUGGAGAGAAAACCCAACACAUGUUAAAACAAGGAAAUGUGAAAGUUUUUAGCCGAUUGAAAACCAACCCGCCUUCAGAGGAUGCCAAAGACAGUGUUAUAACUCUAGAUUAAUAAUAACAAAUUGUUAAAACCAUAUUCUAUUCAAAAUGAGAUAUAAAAAUCAUUGUUAUGAUUGUAUAGGAAUAUUUUUAAUUGUUUCGUCCUUGUGAUUGAUACUUUUAUCAGUUUUGUAUAUUUUUUAGUUACUUUUAAUAACACAAUUUUCCACCUUAUUCCGAACUACAAUUAUUUAUGUUCCAGUUGAUUUUUAUAAAUAUUGAUUUAGGUCUCAUAAUUAUUAUUGGAUUUUUGUAAUUGUACAUCACAUCACAAAUGAGAAUGGCGCACUCCUGGUUCAACUUGCAGCAGAACAGAAUCUCUCAGUUGCUAGUACCAAAUUUCCUCACAAAAAAAUACACAAAGGAACUUGGAGAGUGCCUGGCUCAGAUGUGGUCAAUCAAAUCGACCAUGUUUUGAUAUCCAGGAGACAUGCUACCUCAAUAACUGAUUUUAGGUCUGCAAGAGGACCCAAUUGCGAAUCUGACCACUACAUGGUGGUGACAAAGAUUUCAGAAAGGUUAUCCAUGAUUGAAAAUGUAACUGGCGAAAGGAAACAAAAGUGUAACGUGGAGGCUUUGAAGCAGAUGCAGACCAAGAAUGCCUAUCAGAGAGCAAUAAGCCAGAAAAUAGAUAUCUGGGAGCAAGAGACCUCAGUAGAUGAUGAGGAGGAAAAUCUGGACAGUCUUUGGGGAAAACUGAGAGACGUUAUCAUCGAUUCUGCAAAUGAAACUAUUGGAAGAGGAACAAGGCAAAGGAAUGCUGAAUGGUAUGAUCAAGAAUGCAAGGCAGCUAUUGAAGAUAGGAAUAGGCUGAGGUUGGCUGUGAUGCAAAGGUCAACAAGAGGCAAUGUGGAAAUCUACACAGAGAGCAGGCGGAAAGAAAAAAUAUAAUUAGAAAGAAAAAACGUGAAUAUCUCAAAAAACAACUAGAAGGAAUAGAGAAUCUACGAGCACAGAAUGAAACAAGAAAAUUUUAUCAAACUGUGAUGAGUAAAGGGUUUCAACCAAGGACCAACAUGUGCAAAAGUAAAGAUGGCGAAGUGAUUCCUGAAGAA